CACACCUUUCUGCACACAAACGAUCAAGAGAAGUGUGGCGCUCAGAAAGGAGAGGGAAAAAGACAAAGGAAACUGUGGAAGCUGGGAAAAACUGAGAAGAUAUGGUACGCUUAUGUGAACGAGAGAUUCCUGCCUGGGUCUAUGUGGGCACCCUGCUCUUCUUUGUCCACUUCCAUUCUUUCACAGUCAGCGGAGCUCCCCUGAAGCAGGAGACAGCACUGGAUAAUGGUGCCACUGUGCUGAAUCACUCCAUGAGUUUAGUGCAUCGUAUGGAGACGCUGCUGGCCAUGGGUAACAGCAGUGAUGUCACUCUGCGGGUCCAGACCAUCAACACUGAUGAGGUGAAAGUAAUUCAAGCCCACAGCCUGGUUUUAACCCUGCAGAGUGACAUAUUUGAGGAACUGCUGCUCAACCGCAACAACAGUGCUCUGGCUUUGACAGAGACCCCCGAAUGUUCAGCUGUCUUUGAUAAAUUUGUCAGGUAUCUGUACUGUGGGGACAUCUCAGUAAGACUAGAUCAGGCUAUAUCUCUGCACAAGCUGGCCAGCAAGUACCAUGUUUGGGGCUUGCAGCAAGGUCUGACCCAAUAUAUGACUCAACAUCUUUCCAGUGAUUCGCCCACUGGCCAUGUGAUUAGCUGGUACAGCUAUGCACUACAAAUUGGGGACAUGACCCUGCAGGACAGCUGUCUGCAGUACCUGUCCUGGAACCUGUCUUCUGUGCUGCAGAGCGGAGAGUGGCGCUCCAUCAGUGAAGACCUGCUCCUCUCCUUGCUCCAACGCUCUGACCUCAUUUUGCAGAAUGAGCUGGAGCUCUAUGAGGCCCUGGAGGGCUGGAUUAACCAGAACCAGCCUGUCAGCGGGACAGUGGAGACUGCCCUAAGGGCUGUUCGAUAUGGUAUGAUCCCCCCUCAGCAUCUGUUCCGCCUUCAGAAGCAAUCUCCCCUCAUGGUGAAGUACUAUGAGUCUAUCCGUGAUCUCCUCUAUUUAGCUUUCCAGUUUCACUCUGCCUCACCUAUUCAACUGGCCAAGUACUUUGAUGUCAAUUGCAGUAUUUUCACUCCUCGUAACUACCUGUCCUCCUCCUGGGGUUCUCCUUGGGUCAUCAAUAACCCUACCCGUGAUGACCGUAGUUUCAGCUUCCAGACCCAGCUUGGUCCCAGUGGCCAUGACUCCAGCAAAAGAGUGACAUGGAAUGCCCUGUUCUCUCCUCGCUGGCUCCCAUUCAGUGCCAGGUCAACUUAUACUGAACUGGGUGCUAUGCAGCCCACUCGCACAGAGGGAGGUCGACCUCGCAUCAUUGUGACACCAGCCACAUCUAGCCCAGACUUUGCUGGUGUAAGCUUUCAAAAAACAGUCAUUGUGAUGGCAAGACAGCAAGGAAAAGUGGUUGUACGUCAUGUCUAUAACUUCCACCAAAGUACGGAGGAGGCUGGAGAUUUCUUAGUUGAUGCUGACCUUCAGCGUCGUGCAUCAGAGUACCUAAUUGACAGCUCCCUCUAUUUGCAUGUUGUAAUCAAACCUCUUUACCAUUCCCUUCUUGUUGCCAGGAAGUAAAAGCAGAAAUUUACUUUGGCUUCUCCAUCAGAUAUCCAUCCACACAAUCACAUGCCAUAUUCCAAAGUAUACUCAUAUCACAGCACAUGUUUAUGUGUCACAUCUGUGAUAUUGUUGUUAUUUUGUGCAUUUUCUUGUUUUCCAACUGAUAUCUGUUAAAAUGAAAGACUUAACUUGAUGGCUCUGCUGUGAGUGUCAUUGUAUUGAUGGUGUUUUUAUUUUAUUUAUUUAUUUAUUUAUUUAUUGACUUUCCAAUAUUUCAUGUGAACAUAGAGGAAAACACUUCAAUGUGCUGUAUUUGUUCAGGUAUUUUAUAGUGUCAUAGU